GGGUAUAUUGAGAAGCAAUGCUGCUGUGUCUGUCUAUAGAUGGCCUUGGUGUGUGUAGCUCCGUGAUAUAAUUGAAACCAAGGCCAUAUAUUGAAACGAUUGAAACUUGAACUGAUUAAACUGAUACGAGGGAGCUUAUAGAAUUUCGUUUUUGGGGCUCAGAGCGGGUCAUCAUGUCCAAGCUGAAGCUGUACUAUGACCUUAUGUCCCAGCCAUCCCGUGCAGUCGUCAUGUUUUGCAAGCUUACCAAGAUUCCAUUUGAGGAUCAUCCAGUGGCUCUGCGCAAGGGGGAGCAUAGGACGGAUAAGUACCUGUCCGAGGUGAAUCCUUUUGGAUUGGUGCCAGCUAUUAACCAGGAUGGCUUUAAGCUCACCGAAAGCGUGGCGAUCCUGCGCUACCUGUGUCGCCAGUACCCGGUGGCCGACCACUGGUACCCGGCCGACCCGCAGCGCCAGGCGCGUGUCGACGAGUACAUGGCCUGGCAGCACAACAACACCCGCCUGCAGUGCGCCAUGUACUUCCAGACCAAGUUUCUGAUCCCGAUGAUGAGCGGCCAGCCGGUGGACGAGCGGCGCGCGGCCCGCUUCCAGGCCGGCAUGGAGCGCGCGCUCGACCACCUGGAGGCGGUGUGGCUGCGCGACUCGCCGUACGUGGCCGGGCCGCAGCUCUCCGUGGCCGACCUGCUGGCUGUCUGCGAGCUCGAGCAGCCCAUAAUGGUGAAUUACGACGUGGCGGCGGGCCGGCCGCGCCUGGCCGCCUGGAUGGAGCGCGUGCGCUCCGAUUGCCACCCAGUGUACGCCGAGGUGCACCAGGUCUGCUACAAGACCCGCGCCAAGUUCGGCGGCGUGCCCAAGCUGUGACGGCGCCACGGCCCCGGUGCGGCGGCAGGUGGCAGCCGCUCGGACUGCGGCAGCCCGCCGCGGCGCGCCGCUCAGCCGUGUUCGCUGCCAUCUGUGAUGGCCGGGCUGCUGCUCACACGCGCAAGUGAGCAUGUAAGUCCGGCGAACAGUGCCGGCCAGGGGCGUGUAUGUUAUAUAGUGCCGGCCAGGGGCGUGUAUGUUAUAUAGUGCCGACCAGGGGCGUGUAUGUUAUAUAGUGCCGGCCAGGGGCGUGUAUGUUAUAUAGUGCCGGCCAGGGGGUGGUAUGUUAUAUAGUGCCGGCCAGGGGGUCGUAUGUUAUAUAGUGCCGGCCAGGGGCGUGUAUGUUAUAUAGUGCCGACCAGGGGCGUGUAUGUUAUAUAGUGCCGGCCAGGGGGUGGUAUGUUAUAUAGUGCCGGCCAGGGGGAACGUCCUGUGUCAAAUUGAGCAAAGUAGACAUGAAUAAAUGCAAAUUAAUGCAUGAUGUGAAGAUGAGAGAGCAAUGAAUCUUCUGCUCAUGUAUCCUGAAUAACUCAAGUACCGACUUGAAUCGUUAAACUAACAAACAUGACGCCCGUUUAGUAGAACGACAGCCGAACCUCCUUGCCGUGGCCGGUCAGGCGGGCCGAGAGCGCCGGGUCUGCGAGUCGAUAAGUGUCAUUUCACGCUUCUGUGUGGCCGACUUUGGUCCAUCGUGACACUGAGCUGUGUGAUUGCGCCAUAUUGUCGGCUGUGGGAGACGCAUAUUAAUGUUUGGAAAUAUUGCUUCUUUUGGCGUUCAGCUUUCACUGGAACUCAAAAAUACAUGUUUAUGUUUUCAGGAAUGUCCGGGACAGACCGUUGAAUAAAAUAUUAUAUCGUUUCUACAAAAA